GAAGAAAACAUAUUCUGCCCCCGUCCCCUUCUCCCCCAGAGCGAAGGCAAAGCCAACACACAAACCCACCCACUUCUCCUCUCAAGCCUUCGUCUGCCACCGACGCGAUCCAAAAACCCCAGUUCCCAACCCUAGCGAGGAGGAGGAGGCGGCGGCAACCCCGUCGACCGGAGGGGAGAUGGUGUUCUUCGCGCUGCUCGUGGGGGCGGAGCUCGACGGCCUCACCAACCUGCAGCCCCGCGGCGGCUGCGACGACCCCAGCUACCCUUACUACUUCAAGCUGCGGUGCGAGAGCUGCGGGGAGACGAGCGCCAAGACCACCUGCGUCUCCCUCGACGAGGUCGUCGAACUGUCCAGCGGCAAAGGCACCGCCAAUCUCGUCCAGAAGUGCAAGUUAUGUUCGAGGGAGGGAUCAGUUGUGAUGAUUCCUGGGCAGGGAACACCACUGACUUCUGAGCAGAGCCAGAAAGGAGAGAUGACCUGUUUGAUGGUCUUUGAAUGCAGAGGCUAUGAACCUAUUGAGUUUGCUUUUGGUAAUGGCUGGAAGGCUGAAUCUGUACAUGGGACACCGUUUGACAUUGAUCUUUCUGAAGGAGAGUUUGAUGAGUAUGACGAGAAGGGAGAGUGCCCCGUCGCUCUAUCCAAGCUGCAGUCAACAUUCAAAGUGGUGAGGAAGCAGGGUUUUCAUGGGAAGACCAGAUAUGUCUAAGAUCCAAUUUCUCCUGGGCUCUUCAAACACUUGAGUCAGAGAUGUAUAAAGCGCAUCUAGAAAGUCGAAACCUCGAUGUUGAUUUCGUAUUUGUACUAAGUUCGUGCACAUGAUUCGGUGGAUUUGCCAUGAAAUUGGUUAAGCUUGCAGUGAUGUAGCCUCCUGUUAGGAAACUUUGAAUAUUCUGCCUACCAGUGGUGUUCAAACUUAGAUCUCCUAUGGUUCUACCAUAUCGAUCAUAAAUUUAUGUGGCUGAA